UCAAUUUGACUUUUCAUGUGGCUAUGGCGUAAAUUGGUUUUACAGUUUUUAAGUGCAUUGCAUUGCAUGCGGAAUUAGAAGAUAACUUCUAGAAAAUAAUAUUAUGGCUGCACGUGGAGAACGAGGUGUAGUGCGAGUUUUAGAUAAAUUAGAAGCUUCUGUUAAUUCCGGCCAAUAUUAUGAAGCACAUCAAAUGUAUAGAACUCUGUAUUUCAGGUAUUUAAGUCAGAAGAAAUAUGCAGAUUUAUUAAAUUUACUGUAUAAAGGUUCUACAAUUCUCUUGCAACGCGAUCAGCAAGGCAGUGGAGCUGAUUUAGCUAUUCUGCUAAUCGACGUACUUACGAAGUCCGAAACGAAACCGUGCGAAGAAUGGAUAGAAAAAAUAGCCAAACUAUUCGAAAUCAUGGACUCAAGUAUACCAGAACGAGAAAGUUACCUUACUAAUGCUGUUAAAUGGUCCAUGGAUAGCAACAAGAAAGGACAUCCCUUACUUCACAAGAAAAUUGCUGAAGUUUAUUGGAGGGAAUCAGAUUUCACAUCUGCCCACAGACAUUUCUUGCACUCAUGUGAUGGUUCAACAUAUGCUACAAUGCUGAUUGAACUACAUACAUCUAAAGGAUUGAAGUCAGAGAUAGACUUAUUUAUAGCACAAGCAGUGCUACAGUUUUUAUGCCUCAGAAAUAUUCAAAUGGCAACAGAAACUUUUAACAAAUACACAGGCUCACACCCAACUAUUAAGAAUGAAAAGGGCCCUCCUUUUUUAUUUCCAUUAUUAAAUUUUCUUUGGUUUCUGUUACGAGCUAUUGAACAGAGACAUGCAAAUCAAUUCAAAAUAUUAAGAAACUGGUAUGCUAUCAGUAUCAAGAGAGACCCAAAUUAUUCAGUAUAUCUGGACAACAUUGGCCGUAUUUGGUUUGGCAUAGAAGUUCCACCCAACAACAGGAAUUCGACAUCUGUAUUCGGAGGGCUCCUAAAGUCUAUUAUUGGCGAUGCUGAUAGUUCUGAUGAAGAUGGUGACUUUAUGGGUCAUAGUGCAGCAGCACCAGAUUUAGAUUAAACAUUUGUCUACCAUUACAUUUUUUUUUUACAUGGACAUAUCAGUUGGGCCUGCACUCUAUGUGUAGGUAGGCAUUAUUUGGUUUUUGAUGAAAUAAGUAAGAAAGAUACUCCAAUAAUUUUAAUUAAAUUUUCUUGAUGAUUUGAGUAAAAAUAUAACAUGUAUAGAUUCUUCACAUUUAUAAUGUAUGUAUAGUAAAAUGAAUCAAUCUGUUUUUAAACCACACUCACAUUUUUGCACAAAUGAAAUGUUGAAAUAGGAAAAAAAUCUGUGCUUACAGUUGACCAACUUAAACACAAGUAUUAUGAUUUCACAAAUUCCAAUUCUUUAUUUUUUUCUGUUCAGUUUUAUAGUGACUUAUUUAUUGAUAUGAAUCAUUAAAUUAUAAUCAUAAAUGUGUGUUUAUAUUGAAGCAAGUAUAACAGUGUGAGAACUAAAUAUAUUGAGUGGAAUGAAUGUUGUACUAGGUGAAUAUGUGCAUGUGAAUUUGUAUUUAUAUGGUUAUAAAGCCAAUAUGGAACUGUUUUUGUGCUUUACUUAAAUCAAUUAAAAUUUUGGGUAUAUAAAGAUUUAGAUGUAAAUUAUGGAAAGUAGUAGGUAUAUGACGAAUAAAAGACAUUGCACGGUGGAAGUUAAAUUUGACUUUCACAGACUUCAAACUUAUGCUGAUUACAUUAUUCUGAACCCAAUCAAUUAAAUUUUAUUCCUCAUUAUGUCCGUUUCAUAGAUUUAUAGAAUUGCCUAUAAAAGUAUCAUUAGCUAAAUUAUAUUUCAAUAUUUAAUAUUGAUCACUAAAAAUCCACAUUUUGCUGUUGUUAUUUUAUUAUGACAUUAAUAUUUAAUGAAUGAGAGGACUGUGCACCCGUAUUGUGCUCGCACGGGCGUACCCAAAAUUAAGUAACUUUCUGAACCUGUGGAUGUGUGUAAUUUUUAUUGGUUAUUAGAAUAUAAUAUAAUAUAAUAUAGGUAAUGAUGGUCCAUGUUUUCGUUGUGUAGACAUAGUUGGUCAAUAGAGAUAAGUUGUUCUCAUCCUAUUCAUCUGCCAUCCUAUUUAUCUCAGUUAAGUUGAUCACUAUGGACUGGCUAGAACAGGUAGUUUAUAAGUAUGGUUUUAAGUUAUGAAUGUAUUUAUUUUAUUAUUUUGUUUUAACCAUUAAGUAGUGGCAGUUAAUUUGUUAACUGAGAUAUCUAUAGAUAUAUAACUGAGAUAUAUAGAGGGCUGGUCAGUACUGAGUAUAUUUUGAUGAAAGUAUGUAUGGUUUCAGAAAUGAAGACUAUUUACUAAUUUAAAUUUAUUUUUGUAUAUUAUAUAACAAUAACCAUCUUAGUAAAAUACAUUUACUAAUUUCCAUGAAAAACUCUUAAAUUGGAUCAAUAUUCAAUUUUAUUGGAAUGUAUGUAAGAGCUACACAUUUUUGAAUUACUAAAAUUAUAAAACAAUUGUCAUAACUCAAAAUAAAAUUGGUGAAAUCAAUAAA